GCACGCGGGGCACGGCAUGCAGUGAGCACCCGCGGGAGGAGAGGGGCUCGUGGCCAGAAGCAGCGGCGAUGGGCAUCGUGUGGACUGCUGUCUAGGGCUCGUGUUCCCAGAGCGACCCUGAUCCUGAGCCAUGGGGGUGCUGAUGUCCAGGAGGCAGACGGUGGAGAGGGUGCAGAAGGUCAGCUUGGCCGUGUCAGCCUUCAAGGAUGGGCUGCGGGAGCAGCCAUCGACACGGCGUCGGGCGGAGGCGGGGACUGCACGCCAGGGGACGCUGGAGCAGGAGGUGCAAGAGGGAGAGGAGGAAGCGCUGGCAGGACCUUCCCAGCCGGAGGAGAGCAGUGCCAGCAAGGCAGCCUGGGAGCGGCUGCGGGAUGGCCGGGGCGUGGAGCCAGAGGAGUUCGACCGGGCCAACAGGUUCACGCCACCAGCCUUCAUCCGGCCCAAGAGGGAGCUCCACGAUGAUGAGCCCCCGGACAUCAGCCUGGAGCAGAGGGAGCAGAUCCAGAAUGAUGAGAUGUGUGAGAUCUGCGAGGUGUGGACAGCCGAGAGCCUCUUCCCCUGCCGCAUCUGCCACCGGGUGUACCACGACGGCUGCCUGCGCCGCAUGGGAUACCUGCAGAAGGACAGUGCCGUGGAGGUGACAGAGACGGCGCACACCGAGACGGGCUGGAGCUGCUACUACUGCGACAACCUCAAUCUGUUGCUGACAGAGGAAGAGAUGUACAGCCUGAUGGAGACCCUGAAGAACUGCAAGAUCAUUCCAGAGAGCUGCCUGACCCUGGAUGACUUUCUGCACUACAAACACCAAGUGCACAAGCAGCAGUUUGAGCGGACCAUGCCUGAGGCACAGGAGGAGCAGGCAGCCCUGCAGUUCAAUGCCCUGGACCCUGACAAGAAGGGGCACAUUGAGUGGCAGGACUUCCUCUCCCACGAGUCAAUCCAGCUGCUGCAGAAAAUACGGCCACAGAAUGCCCUUCUGCGGCUGCUGACACCCAAGGAGCGGGAGCGGGCACGGACAGCCUUCCUGGCCCUGGACCAGGACAAUGAUGGCUUCAUUGGGGAGGCUGAGUGCCGCCAGGCCCGGCACACCUGGUUCCGCAAGCACCAAAAGGAGAUGCUGUCCUGCAAUGUCAGCAUCAGCCAUGUAGGGCCCAUAUCAGAGGGCAGCCCCGCCAGCAGCAGGAACGGGAAGAGCCCGGAGAAGAUCCUGCCAGCCACAAAGCAGGAGGAGACCAGGAGCAUCGACUGGCCCGGAUUCCUGCGGGAGAACGUUGCCUACAUCCUGGCCGCGCGCCCCAACAGCGCAGCCCUGCACCUGCAGCCCCUCGCCUAG